AUGGGUUCAGAACAAAGUCGUCCAACUAGUACUAAACAAAAAAAAUCAAGUUUAACCUGGAAUUCACAAACUAUCGUAAAAACAAGUAAAACUUCAAUAAACAAUAUAAAACCAAGAGAAAAUUCUAUAGAUCUAUUGAAUAAUCAAAAUAUAAAUGAUGAUAAUAUAAAUUUACAAAAUAUACCAGAAGAUAAAUCAUUUCGACAAUUAUUUUCUGAUUUAGAAUUGGAUGUUUUAUUUUCUACAUGGCCAUUAUUAUCACAAAAUCCAAUACGUACUGGUUGUUUAAUAUUUAAAAAUGCAUUUGAAAUUCAUCCAAAAUUAUCAACAUUUUUUCCGUUUGGUCAUCUUAGUCCUGAUGUACUUGUGGAUAGUCCAGAUUGUAAAAGACAUUCAGCCAAAGUUAUGAGAGUAAUAAACAUGGCUGUUAAAGCAUUAGAAGGUGAUAGUAAGUCAUUAUAUGAAGAAUUGGCAUUACUUGGAGCAAAACACGCUGCUAUAAAUUAUAUGAAAAUUGAAUAUUUUAAGAUUAUAAAAGAAGCAAUUUUAAUGACAUGGGGACGAUUAAUUUAUGAAGAAUUUACUGAUGAUGUAAGAAAUGCAUGGGGUCAUGUUUUAGAUGAAAUUGUUGGAAUUAUGGGUGUUGGUUGUUUAAUAUUUGAAGAAGAAGAAGAGAAAAUAUUAGAAGAACAAGAGAAAAAUGAUAAUAUUCAAGAAUUUAUUACAUCAUCUAAUGAUUAUCAGCAAAAUUAUAAAAAACAUAAUAAAAAAAGUCGUUUAAGUGUAGCAACUGUUUCUAAAGAAGAACUAGAUCAAAUUUAUCCCAAUUGUAAAUAA